CGUUGCAGAUUAGAGCUUCAGUUUUAUGUCAGACUCCUUGAGACUUGUCUUUGAGAUCUGAUUAAAUUGGCAAAACCAUAGGAUGGAUCCUCUGUAAGGUAAUGCAGGAAGAAUAGCUGCUUCAGUGUCUAAUACUUGAGGUUAAAUUUUCCCAGCCUUUAAUGCUGAGUGUUGUGUACUUAUAACUAGCAUGACUAAUAACCCGUAGUAAUAAUUAAAGAGGAAGAACCUGAUAAUUAAAUAGGAAGAAAAUACUUUAACAAGGACAGAACACAAGUGAAGAUCUUCAUCUUUUGAAGACUUCUGAUUUAAAUACCAGAGGCCCAAGGAGAAAAAAACCCAGACCAUUGUGAGUGCAAGCUUUAACUGUUGGUGUUUUUUUGUUGUUUUGGAUUAUUUUUUUUUAAUUACUCUAAGUGAAGUGUGUGGUCAAGAAGUUCCUUUCAAGAAGACUCGUUGCUUUAGUGAGUAGGACCAAAUAACAAAGCUCAAACUGGAGUACCCAUUGGAAUUUAUUUCUGACAAGGCUAGGCAUAAUCGCUUUGGAGUAUUUGGUCUUUUGGUCUGAAUCUCAUAUGUCAGCAAGAGAAAUGAUAAAAAGUUCCGUAUUUUGAGGGUAUCUUUUCAUGUAUGGCAAUGCCUGUUUACUGCUCAGGUUGGUAGGCUUCAAAUUAUUUGUUCUCUGGCAAGAAAAAUUCAGUGAAGACAGUGACAGGCAAUUAUCUUCCAGGUUCUUUCUGUUCUAGGGCUUUAUACUGGAAUAAUUACUUUUACUGGGGCUUUUGGGGAAGUACUGUAGAGGAUUAUGCCAGUCACAAGCAGUUCUCAAGGAUGUGAGGAAGGAGAACUGUUUGUGUGAAGUGUCAACUUUAUGUACUUCUGUACUUCAACUUUGUCUAUGCCCCCCCCUCCUUUUUUUCAUUGUGUUUUCUCAAAACCAUUCAAAAACCUGAGUUUGGCAGUUUUCUAAUACACUUUCUCAAGUUCUGUCAGUCUGUCCAGAUUGCUAAGAUGCAAGUAAUUUGUUUUCCAUUGUGACCUAAGAAGCUGGGCUAUCAUCCUGUCUGGGUUGUAGAAGAGCUUAUAUUGGUUGCUUAUAAAAAACGGUUGCAAGAUACAGUAAACAGUACUUGUAUGCUCUCUUUAAAUAUAAAUGUAUUUUGAAGCAAUGGAGUGAGGGACAACGUUCUUUAAGGUAAUUAGUAGUACUGAUACUUGAAGGUACAGCUUCAGGUGUUUCAUUUUCAUGAGCCAGGUGGAGUUGCCAGUAUUUUUAGAGCUUUUAUGGCAAUCCCCCAUCCCCCACCCCCAUUUGAGAACUGACUAAUCAGUUCUGUUUGGUAAAAUGUAUUAAAAGUGUGAGUUUCCUGUACUUACCCCUUUGACAGAUCUAAAACCUGAUUUGAAUGGUGAUUUCAUGCUUUACUGACUCUUUUUUGUUACCUUUUUUUCCUCUCUUUUUUUCCCCCUUCCUAUAGUUUUUUUUCUUGCAGUCUUCAGUGUCCCUGUGGGAUAGUCCUGCAGAGCAAAAGGCACCUUUUUGUAGUUUGCACAGUCAUUAGAUGAAUCCCUUUAUUCUGUGAAGCAAAGCCCACAGCAAAUUAAAAGCAGAUUCUCAACUUGUGUGUUACAAUGUAGAAGUUAAACUGGGAUCUUUUUGUUAUAAUCUCAAUAAACUUGCAUCUGUUUUGAAGUAUCUAGGCAGUCUGUUACCCCCUUCCCCCUGAACAAUUUUAGGUGUAUUUAAUGGAUCAUCUAAAUAGGGAAGUAUUGUCUGUGAUGAGUUGCUAGUCCUGUCUUCUGAUGUUUACACGUCCAAACAUUGUUCUUUUGGCCAGUGAGCUUGGGGCCAGGUGAAUAAAAGAAUAAGAAGCAUUCUAAGCUGAAGAAUGCAAAAGGUUUUCACUUCUGGUGGGGUUUCUGCUCCUUUGAAACAGCAAAGUAACUUUUUUUCACUCAGUGGAUUUGGCCAGUCCUAAAUUCUUAUUAUGCUUUCAGGUAUCUUUAUCUUCAGAGGUCUUUGAUGGUUGAUCAGAUUGAGGAUUACUAUUUGAUUCUAUUUAGAAUGAAUGAAGAUGAUGACUGAUAUCAGUUGGUAUGGAGCCAUAGCUCUGUGCUGUAUUGUAACACUUAAGGAAUAGUAGUGUCUAGAAAAGAAGAGCAAAUCCCUUUGAAUUUCAGUGAUAAUUCUAUUGCAUUUUAUAAUUUUUGUGUACAUUUUUUUUUAUUUUUAAGGAGGACAGUGUAUACUAUAUGACAUUUAUUUCAUAAUCUGAAAGAAGAAUAGCAUUUGGAAUAAUGGCAACAGGAGACCUAAAAGGAAGUUUAAGAAAAAUUGAACAAGGACUUCGCUUGUUAAAUUAUCCAAGAGAUGUGGAUUACACAGUGUUAGUAAAGGGUGAUGCAGCUGCAUUUUUACCUAUCAUCAGCUAUUGUUUUACAUCUUUUUCAACUUACAUAGCAGAGCUUUUGGUAAAGUGCAAUGUGGAACUCACAGCAAAGAGUGACUUGCGUUUUAUUGAAGCUAUUUAUAAGCUUCUUCGAGAUCAAUUUCAAUAUAAACCAAUUUUAACAAAACAACAGUUUCUUCAGUUUGGCUUUGCGGAAAGAAAGAUGCAGAUUGUUUGUGACAUUAUCAACUGUGUGGUGAAAAAACAUAAGGAAUUAAGUAACUCAAAUAAGGUUAAAUUGCAAACGAGGAAGAAACUCAGAUCUGUUAAAUGUGAAGUAUGGUCAAAUUAUGGUAAUGUCCUUGCUGAUCCUAGUGGCAGUGGUCUGAAUUCCAAACAGAAGCCUCAAGUAGAACGGCACUCAGGAAAUGAAGUUAAUUGUGACCUUAACCCACUACCCCUUCCAGCACAGGGAUGUAAUGAAGAAGAAUCGUACCUUGAUAACGAUGUUGUGGAAGUCAAAUGUGAACAAGUAAUAGAAGAUAAUACUCAGAUUGAGUUCCUGAAGAGUCAGCUUGCUGAUUGCCAGGAAAAACUUCAUAAGCUAGAUUGGAUGGAAGGUAAACUACAUGUUUUAGAAGAGAAACUGAAAGGAAAGGUGAUCAUAGAUGAGAAGGACUGGAAUAACUUGUUGAGUCGAGUUUUGCUUCUUGAAACAGAAUUGUUGUUGCAAUCCAAAAAGAGAGACUUACCUACAGAGGUCAGCAACAUCGGCCAAGAAUGUACUGCUGGUAGGAUUCCAGUUUCUGCUGAUACAGAGAGGAAGGAGGACAUGCCAGAGAGCCUUCAUCAGUUGCCUGGAUACAGUUCACUGUUAUCCCCAAACCCAUCUCCCAAAGCCAUGACCAUUAAUUCUCAAUGUCUGACAAUUUCAAAGGAGACAACAAGACAAAGAAUGGAAAGGAUAAGUAAAAUAAUUGAAGAAACCUCAGAAUUGUUGAAAACAUCAAGCAACACCACUUGAGAAGACCUGAAAGCACAGGGCUUCAGACCUGGUCUCUGUAGACUUGUGGAUAUCAGAACUAAUAUGUAUGUUUGUACAGCAUUAAAUUUUUAAGAUGUCAAAUUUGUAAUAAAUUUUGAACAAAUA